AAUUGGGACACAGUCAUAACUACGGAUUACAAGAUGGCGGUCGUUGUGUUGAAGCGAUAGUCGAAACGACAGUCGGGGUAGUUUUUGUAUUAAUAAAAGCGUUUGUGUUGGAAAACGAUAAGCACUUCGUUGUGUUUUUUUAGUGUUUAUAAGUAGUGCUGUUUAACUGGUUGUGGUUGGUUAGUUAGUGAACAGGUAGUAUGUGGUUAUUAAGUGUGAAGUGUGAAAGUCGGGGCUGAGGGGAAACAGACAUUUUGGGGCUUGUGAUUAGAAAAUAAAGCAUGUCGGAUACUAGGCGGCGUGUUAAAGUGUACACACUGAACGAAGAGCGACAAUGGGACGACCAGGGAACUGGACACGUUUCAUCCGCCUAUGUGGAUCGGUUAAACGGGAUCGCGCUGCUGGUGCGGGCCGAAGCGGACGGCUCACUUUUACUGGAGUCCAAAAUCAACCCGAACACGGCGUAUCAGAAACAGCAAGACACCUUAAUCGUUUGGUCCGAGGCAGAGAAUUACGACCUGGCUCUGAGUUUCCAGGAAAAGGCAGGCUGCGAUGAGAUCUGGGAGAAGAUCUGUCAGGUGCAGGGCAAAGAUCCGUCUGUAGAAAUCACCCAGGAUCCUAUUGAUGAGUCAGAGGAGGAGCGCUUUGAGGAGAUUCCCGAGACGAGCCACGUGGUGGAGCUUCCCGCCUGCGAGCUCGCGCACCUGGAGGAGAUCGCUGACCUGGUGACGUCGGUCCUGUCCUCUCCAAUCCGCAGGGAGAAGCUGGCGCUGGCGCUAGUGAGCGACGGCUACAUGCAGAGGCUGCUGCAGCUCUUCAGGACGUGCGAGGAGCUGGGUGAGCACGAAGGUCUGCGCCACCUCUACGAGAUCGUCCGUGGGGCGCUGUUCCUCAACAAAGGGGCGCUGUUCGACGUCAUGUUCUCAGACGAGUGCAUCAUGGACGUGGUGGGCUGCCUGGAGUACGACCCGGCGCUCGUCCAGCCCAGGAGGCACCGCGACUUCCUCACCAACACGGCCCGCUUCAAGGAGGUCAUCCCCAUCACAGACUCUGAGCUCAGGCAGAAGAUCCACCAGACCUACCGCGUGCAGUACAUCCAGGACAUCAUCCUGCCCACACCCUCGCUCUUCGAGGACAACUUCCUCUCCACGCUCACAUCCUUCAUCUUCUUCAACAAGGUGGAGAUCGUCAGCAUGCUGCAGGAGGACGAGAAAUUCCUGACCGAGGUGUUUGCUCAGCUCACAGAUGAAGCGACGGACGACGGGAAAAGGAGAGAACUGGUCAACUUCUUCAAAGAAUUCUGCGCUUUUUCACAAACACUUCAACCGCAGAACAGAGACGCGUUUUUCAAGACACUGGCGAAUCUCGGAAUUUUACCUGCGCUGGAAAUUAUUAUGGGGAUGGAUGACCUGCAGGUGAGAGCCGCGGCCACUGAUAUCUUCUCUUACCUUGUGGAGUUCAGUCCAUCCAUGGUGCGAGAGUUUGUGAUGCAGGAACCACAGCAGGCUGAGGAUGACGAUGUCCUGCUGAUCAAUCUGGUGAUAAAACAGAUGAUCUGUGACUCGGAUCCCGAACUGGGCGGAGCCGUGCAGCUCAUGGGGCUCCUCCGGACCCUCAUCGACCCCGAGAACAUGCUGGCUCCCACCAACAAAACGGAGAAGACGGAGUUCCUCAGCUUCUUCUACAAAUACUGUAUGCAUGUUCUCACUGCACCGCUGCUGGCCAACACAGCAGAGGAGAGAAAAGAAGGAUCUAUGAAAGUAAAGCCGGUUUGUCCAGACAAUUUCCAGACGGCUCAGCUUCUUGCUCUGAUCCUGGAGCUGCUCACGUUCUGCGUGGAGCACCACACGUACCACAUAAAGAACUACAUCAUGAAUAAGGACCUGCUGCGGAGAGUGCUGAUGCUCAUGAACUCCAAACACACUUUCCUCGCCCUCUGUGCCUUGCGUUUCAUGAGGAGAAUAAUAGGACUGAAGGAUGAGUAUUAUAACCGUUACAUCAUUAAAGGGAACCUGUUUGAGCCAGUCAUCAACGCUUUGCUGGACAACGGGACGAGAUAUAAUCUCCUCAACUCGGCCAUCAUCGAGCUCUUUGAGUUCAUCAAAGUGGAAGAUAUAAAGUCUCUCAUCGCUCACAUCGUCGACAAUUUCUACAAGGCACUCGAGUCCAUUGAAUACGUCCAGACGUUCAAAGGCCUGAAGGGUCGCUACGAGCAGGAGAAGAACAGACAGAGCCGAGGACUCGGCAGGUAUCGGCGUGAUGCCCGGUCCGUCGAUGAUGACGAAGAAAUUUGGUUCAACGAAGACGACGACGAGGAUGAGCCGGACGCAGGUGUCGAGAAGAGAGUUGAAGAAAAUUUCCCGGAAAGUUACGGAAAGUUUAUGGGGGCCAAAAAAGUGAAAGAAAGCGAGGACAAGGAGAACCUCCCGAAGCGGACGCAGACCGGCAGCUUUAAGUUCACCUUCUCGCAUUCUGCAGCAGCCGCCAACGGAAGCGACAAACCGGCGCCCUCCACGUCCCCCCCCAAUCCAAACGGCUCCUCAGCUAAGGGAGUGACAGUGGCCUCUACGCCAGUGGUCAAGACAGGACUGGUGGGUCUCGUAGACUACCCCGACGAUGAAGACGAGGAAGGAGACAACGAUGAGGAGGAGGAGGACGAUCUGGCCCCACGAAAGCGUCCCCGUCUGGGCUCGUAAAAUCACAUCCUCAAUCCAACGGUGCCGAAGAGUCCAGGAUUGAGGGGAGCUAGAGGAUUAGGACAUGACCCGAACUCUUCUGCUUCAGCACAAACAUCAGACACGAGCUCUAGAGCAGCCAUGCCACGGUCACGUGAUCCCUGUCCGUUCCGUUUCCUUUCCUUUCCCUCGUGAUCCGGACGUGCUGAGCUGUACCAGCAGCUGGAAUUUCUUCACAGCUGGAGCUUUUUUCCCCCCACAAGAGAGCCCUUCAGCCUAGCAGGACUAGCUACUUAGAAAUAGAAGACUGAUUGGCUGAGCCUACUGACCUGGUCAGGUUGAGGGAACAAGAUUUAAAAUUAAAAUUUAAGUGCGUGUGUGUGAGAGAAGGGGGGGGUUGAGGGUGGCAAGACCAAAAUUAUAAUAAUUAAAAAAAAAAAUUCAGUUCAAGAAGGGUUUGAAGAGCAGGACUUUUGGAUGUUGUGUCCUUGACUUGAAACUAGAACCUCAUGUUGAUGAAUUUCACCAGUAGUUGUACAGCAGUACCAUUUCUGUCCCCCUCCCCACCUUUUUAAAUUGUUAACUUGAGUGGGUUUUUUUUUUUUUAAGAUUCAGAAUGCCAGUGUACAUUGUUAUCCCACAUUAAUGCGGGCCGGUUUGUUUACCCCUUUUUUUUUUUUAAUCAAAUUUGUUUUCAUUGGCGAAAACUUCAGUUGAAGUUGUGAUGCUGAUUUUAAUAACCUAUAUUAAACAUGUAUUAAACUGCAGUAAAGUCAUUUUGCAGAUGAGCGCAACAUGUCCGAGCGUGUCUGUGUUGCGCCUGUUCAGUGAACAACUUCAGACUUCUCAGAGGAGCGCAGGCUCAGCUCCUCAACCGUGGAUUUGUGGUCAGAUGCGAUGCAUCACCAGCACACAGUGGUUUUUUGUUUUGUUUUUCUUUCUUUAAAAAAAUAAGCCAUAGAAGGUAAAUUCGAUCCUGUCACUCUUUUCAGGUUCAGAGUUUUGAAGUAAAUGAGAAUUUACAGAUCAAUUCCACCAGCGAGAAAGGUCCUCCAAGCGUCUCACUCUGACCAGGAGCCCGGUGUCGUCCAGCACAACUGACAUGCCUUCUCAGAGCAUGGUUUUGUUUUUCUCUCCAUGGAUUUUUGUUUAUUACCAUAAUCUAUAAAGAAAAAAAGUUUGUAUACAUUUCAUAUGUGAUGAUUUUUGGAUUAAAUUGGCCUUAAAAUGA